AUGGCUUCAACGCUGCUGGAGGUUACGCGUGCUUCGCACGAGGAGGUCGAGCGGCUCGAACGGCUCAUCGUGAAGGAUCUCCAAGCUGAGCCGCAGACCCAGAAGGACCGGCUCCACCAGAGCCACCGCGUCCGCAAUACGAUCGAGCAAAUCUCCUCCACCACUCACAAACUCAUUGAGAUUUACGAAGAUAAAGAUAACGCCAGGAAGGAUGAGAUUGCGGCCUUAGGUGGGCAGAGUUCGACAUCGGCGAAUGUUAAUGUUUUUAGUGCAUUUUAUGAUAGGUUGAAAGAGAUUCGGGAGUACCAUAGACGGCAUCCGGCUGCCCGUUAUGUCGAUACAACUGAUGAGUACGAACUACUUCUCAAAGAGGAGCCAGUCAUUGAAUUUACUGGGGAGGAAGCCUUUGGGAAGUAUCUUGAUUUGCAUGAAUUAUAUAAUGACUACAUCAACUCAAAGUUCGGGGAGCAAAUUGAGUACUCUGCUUAUGUUGAUAUUUUUUCUGACACAGGGAGGAUAUCCCGCAAGUUAAAGUUGACCAGGCAAUACAGGGAAUAUAUGCAGAAACUUCUGGAAUAUCUUAUAUACUUUCUUGAGCGUACAGAACCUCUGCAAGAUCUUGAAAGAAUUUUUUCUAAGGUAAAUGCUGAAUUUGAAGAGCGGUGGAGCAGUGGAUUGGUAGAAGGAUGGGAGAGUGAGAAUCUUGGAAAUGGAAAUGUCCAACAGCAGGAUGCUGUAAUUGAUCUUGAUUACUAUAGUACUGUUGAACAGCUAAUGGAAGUUGGACUUGAUAAAUUAAAGGAGGCAUUGGCUGUGCUUGGUCUGAAGACGGGAGGUACACUACAACAGCGUGCGGAAAGGCUCUUUCUCACAAAGCAUACACCUCUUGAAAAGCUGGACAAAAAACAUUUUGCCAAAGGUUCUAAUGGGCCCAAGAAAAAUGGCGGUGCUGUGGCCCCACAACCCAGUGAAGAUGCAAAAGAGAUUGCCUUGAUGGAAGAAAAAAUGAAAAAAAUAUGUGACAUCUUGCAUGAGACAAUUGUACGAACAAAAGAAAAUAUUGAGAAGAAGCAUGCCAUGACAUAUGAUGAAAUUGUUCAAGAACGUGAAGAGGAUGAAGCGCAGCCCGAGUCUGAAAGUGAUGAUGAAGAUCAGCAGAUCUACAAUCCCCUAAAACUGCCCAUGGGAUGGGAUGGAAAGCCCAUACCCUACUGGUUGUAUAAGCUUCAUGGGCUGGGUCAGGAGUUCAAAUGCGAGAUUUGUGGAAACCACAGUUAUUGGGGUCGCAGGGCCUAUGAACGUCAUUUCAAGGAGUUUAGGCACCAGCACGGGAUGCGUUGUCUUGGAAUUCCAAAUACUAAGAACUUCAAUGAAAUUACAUCGAUCCCGGAUGCAAAAGAGCUUUGGGAGAAAAUUCAGGAGAAACAAGGCCUGAACAAGUGGCGCCCAGACCUUGAAGAAGAGUACGAAGACCAAGAAGGAAACAUCUACAACAAGAAGACGUACAAUGAUCUACAUCGUCAGGGUUUGAUUUGA